CUGAAGAAAAAAAAUGACAAUCCAAGUGGGGAAAAGAUCAGAAGGCGAGGUGUGCGUGUGCGCCAACGACAUCAGUUCGAUUUAGUUUGCGAAGGUGGCUGGAUGUGUUUCCACUUGCAGCCGGUCAAAUUUUUUAUGUACAGUGUUGCAGUAGAGAGUGUACAAGAGAGAAGAUUUUGCCGUGUGUGUCCGCAUUUUGAAGCCAAAUCAUAUAUUUUCGCGUGUGCAGUGUAAUAAUUUCUUUCUGAUAUUUUGCUUCAUAGACACCCAAAAGGAAAACAAUAGCAAAAGACAAUUUAAUUGUGCUGAUACGAAAGAAAUUAAGUUUUUUUUUGAAGAUCACGCGCAAACCCUCCCCUUUCAUCAAACAUGGAAUUGGCACCAAAUUAUUCCUUCGUUUUCGAUUUUGAAAAUGACUUUAUACACGAGGACACACGCCACUGGAUGCUCAGGAACUGGACAUGGGUGUUCUACUCAUCUGGAAUAUAUAUGCUUGUAAUAUUUGGGGGCCAACAGUUUAUGCUCAAUAGACCAAAAUUCGAACUGAGAGGUCUACUAGUAAUUUGGAAUACAAUGUUGGCGAUGUUUAGUAUAAUGGGAGCAUUCCGGACGGCUCCUGAAUUAUUCCAUGUGCUGCGGCAUCAUGGUCUUUUUCAUUCAGUAUGCGUUCCUAGCUUUAUCGAGCAAGACAAAGUGAGUGGAUUCUGGACAUGGCUGUUUGUGCUGUCGAAACUGCCCGAAUUGGGUGACACAAUUUUCAUAGUGCUGAGGAAGCAGCCACUGAUCUUCCUCCACUGGUACCAUCACAUCACAGUCCUCAUGUACUCGUGGUUCUCGUACACAGAGUACACGGCUUCGGCCAGAUGGUUUAUCGUGAUGAAUUACUGUGUUCAUUCCCUUAUGUAUUCCUACUAUGCACUGCGUGCAAUGCGCUUCCAUCCACCACGUUUCAUCUCCAUGCUGAUCACGACACUCCAGCUCACGCAGAUGGUGAUUGGAUGUGCGAUAAAUGUGUGGGCGCACUCCUUUAUUCAGACACCGGGGCGUUCGUGCAACAUUUCACCGAUGAACAUUAAGCUCUCCAUCGCCAUGUACUUUAGUUAUUUUGUUCUCUUUGCGCGCUUCUUCUAUGUCACCUAUUUGUCAUCAAAUGCCCGCAAGGGACGCCGAAUUGCGGCUCCAACGUCCAAAACUGCGUCGACAUCGCGAAAUGAUCCAAGGGAAUUGGACAAUAUACUCAAUGGCAAACAAACUACCAAAGUUAAAGCUCAAUAAUUUUUAUAGCGGGAAGAAAAUAGUUUUUUUCUUACUUUUUGCGUUUAAAUUAUUACAAAGAGUGUGUGGGUGAGGAAUUAUCACACAUUGCUACUUAAAAAAAAAGCAUUUCUUUUUGUUUUCAGGCUAAAGAAAAAACAUUACACUUUUUGUCAUUUUUUUGGGAAAAGAUUUUAUUCAAAGUUUUUUUCCAACAUUUAUUUUCACACAUUAAAUACCUCAAAAGAAGUAUAUGUAGAAAAUGCAAAAUUUACAUCCGCCACAACCAGCAAAUUGAAGGUACAGAAAACAGAGAAUCACAUAAAAAUGUGAAGAAAAGAACAACAUUACAGAAUGUGCAAAAACAAUUGUGGAAGUCACAGGAAAAAUAAUGCAGUAGGGCUGAUGAUAUUUUUGCAUUGUGAAAUAUUGAAGAAUUAUUUAAUGAAACAACCUAUUUUUUUUUGGGCAAAUAGCAUCGAGAAUUUAGGAUGUUAUUAUUUGUAAUAUUUUCUUUUUCUUGUUGUGUCUAAGAAACACUGGUGUCUUAUACACAUAAUUCACAAGAAAUAGAGAGAAAUAGGGAGGAGAGGAAAAAUAUUUUUUUUAAUAGCCUCUUUUUUCUUCUCACACAUUAAAGGUGAGAAAAUCAAAGAAGAAGCUCAAAAAAAAAUAAUUCCUUCACAGCAAAGGUUGUUGUUUUUUUGACUGGUUAAUUUAUUUAAUUGUAAUUAUUAGAGAAAAAAAAUUGAGUUUUUACUGUAAAUUGUAAAUCAUAAAGCAAUACUGUUUCACAGGUUCUAUUUCAAAUAAUAAUGGAACAUGGGUUUAUUAUUUCACACACUGCAUUUUAUUCAUUUCCAACAGGAAAAUAAACACACACAAAAAAAAUAUCUGCAGAAGGAGAAAUUAUGAAGAUGAAACGAAAUGAGCAGUAGAAAAUACAUCAUUGUCAUCAAAAGUAUUUUAUAUACCAAUUAAAAUGACAAGUGAGAUAUUGAGAAGUAAAAAAAAACAUUUUAUUAAAGUACAAAGCAAA